AUGGAGAUCCACUCUCCCCGUAUCUUUUCAUUCUCUGUGGCUAAGUGCUUUCAGGACUUUGUCAGAAUGCGGAAAGAGACGGUAUGGCGCUUACUUACAAACCAGAAUUGCCUAUUGGCUAGAGUUCUACUAGGCACGUACUGUCACAAGAAAUAUAUUCUAGAGGUCCAACUACCUACUGUUUGCUCCCAUGGUUGGAGAAGCAUCCUACAUGGGAGGGAUCUGCUCAAAGGGUGCGUUGGUAAAGCUAUUGGAAACGGAUUAAAUACGAAGGUCUGGAAAGACUCUUGGAUCUCUCUAGACUCGGAUUUCAGACCAUUUGGACUUAUCCCGAAGAAUGCUCUACACUUAACAGUGGCUGAUCUCCUUACAACUGAUAUGAAGUGGAACAUGAAAAGAAUUGAGGAAUUGCUACCUCAGGUUGCGGAAGAGAUCCAACUGUUACAUCCAGGGCACACUAACGCAGAGGAUAUCUUUUUAUGGCACCCACUCCAAUCUGGUACCUAUACCACAAGAUCGGGUUACUAUGCAGCUGCUAUGGAAAAAAUAAUACCUCUAAAUCCUAACAUUGGGAGCUUCCAAUUGAACAAAGAUGUGUGGGCUAUCAAGUGCUCACUGAAGAUGAAACUUUUUCUCUGGUAUGUCGUCCAAGAAGCACUACCAUUGGGAGAACUCAUACAAAAACGAGGUAUUAAUUCGGAGGCCCUCUGUGUUAGAUGCAAGCUGAUCCCCUUGAGACAAGUAGUUCACCUAGCUACGGAUUGUUCUUUCAAACAAGCUCUAGUGGAGUUCAGAAAGGCAAUUUGUCUCCCCCCAACAGGUAUUCCAACAAAGAUACUACCAUGGGUGUGUUGGGCUCUUUGGUCUGCUCGCAACAUGUGUAUCUUCGAGAAUCAGACCUUCUCACCAGUGGAAACGGAAACAAAAGCUAUUAGCUUAGCAAGGGAGUGGAAUAAUGCUCAACAUCAAGCGGAACUACCCAAUCAGUCCCUACCUAUUGCACGGCGCUCUCAGAUGAACAACAUUGAUGAAGGAAACACAAUAUGCAAAUCGGAUGCGGCGUAUAACAAGAAGACGAAAAGGACAGGACUUGCUUGGAUCUUUUCGGACACAACCGAAACUCGCCUAAAUCAGGGGACCACGACUUCCACCUCAAUCAGCUCACCACUCGUUGCAGAAGCAAUUGCUCUCCGAUCUGGUGUCCUCUCCGCAGUGAAUCUCGAGUACUCAAAGCUCAAAGUAUUCUCUGAAAACCUAACGCUCAUCAGAGCUAUCAACAACGACAUGCAGGUGAAAGAGAUCUUUGGUAUCGUCAAAGAUAUCCUGCAGAUCUCUUCUGUUUUUGUCGAGAUAUCUUUUUCUCAUGUUUAUGAAUCUUCCAACGGAGAAGCCAAUCGACUAGCAAAACUAUCUCUCUCUAAUUCUUUUGUUUCUGACCCUUUAAUAGGCUAA